AUGAGUGAAUUCAUGAUCUGCUUAUCUGACCUUCCAAUUGUUGGUCCUUUUAAUACCAUCAUCGCUACUGGUCGUUAUUUUGUUAAAUGUUUCCGAUAUUUUGCUCACAGUUGCACUAGUUAUCAAGGCGACUGUUGCCAGUAUUCCCCAAUUUAUAUUGUGGUCGAACAAUUGGAGAAUUAUUUUCUAAUCAACGACUGUUAUGGUUACAAAAUAUGUUUCUACAAUUGUUAUAUGAAGGCCAAUUAUUGUGGCAAUUCAACCUUUUGUGAAUUUGGCCCAGUUACGACCUUAAGUAUUAUUAUUCUUUUUAAUGUCUUGAUCCUUACUUCGUUAAUAUUCGACUAUGUCUUCCCAUUUCCUGUCAAAGAAGAGCUGGUUAGUCCUAAAUUAAUUCCAGUAGCAGGGGCCAUAGUUUUAAUUUCUACAAGGUGA